AUGGACUUUUGUCCUACUGAGUCAACUGACUUGAGUGAGGCUGAAGAGGCUGAAAUAGAGACAAUCAGGCAGCACAGACAGGAGCUUUUGGAGGACAUUAAGAAGCUGAAGGAAGAGAUUGCUGAAGUGUUUGCAGAGAUUGAGUGCUUCCAAAAUGCAGAGGAGAGGCAAGAGGCAGACAAUAAUCCUGGGGAGCAGACCAGCAAACUAUCACAGAGGGAUAAAUUUCUGUCCCUGGGCCGGAAGAAAUUCAACAUGGACCCUGCAAAGGGGAUCCAGUACCUGAUUGAGCACCAGGUAUUGUCCUCAGACCUGCAGGAGAUCGCUAAAUUCCUCCACAAGGGUGAAGGUCUGAACAAGACAGCCAUUGGGGAUUACCUGGGAGGAAGGGACCCCACAAAUAUUCAGAUCCUCCAAGCCUUUGUGGCAUGUCACCAGUUUGCCAACCUCAACCUGGUGCAGGCACUGAGACAGUUCCUAUGGAGCUUCCGGCUGCCUGGGGAAGCACAGAAGAUUGACCGGAUGAUGGAGGCCUUUGCCAACUGGUACUGCAAGUGUAAUCCAGGAGUAUUCCAGUCCACAGAUACCUGUUAUAUACUGUCCUUCUCUAUCAUCAUGCUUAACACCAGCCUGCACAACCCCAAUGUGAAAGACAAACCCCCCUUUGAAAGGUUUGUAUCCAUCAACAGAGGCAUUGACAAUGGAGGGGACCUGCCAGAAGAGCUCUUAAAGAAUCUGUUUGAGAGCAUAAAGAACGAGCCAUUCUCCAUACCAGAGGAUGACGGGAACGACCUCACCCAUACUUUCUUCAACCCUAACCGUGAGGGCUGGCUCCUGAAACUAGGAGGACGUGUGAAAACCUGGAAACGCCGUUGGUUCAUUCUGACCGAUAACUGCCUGUACUACUUUGAAUAUACCACGGACAAAGAGCCUCUCGGCAUUAUCCCCCUGGAGAAUCUAUCAGUCCGGAAGGUGGAUGAUCCCAAAAAGCCAAACUGUUUUGAGCUCUUCAAUCCCAACUGCAAAGGACAGAAGAUCAAAGCCUGCAAAACAGAUGGGGAUGGGAAGGUGGUUGAAGGCAAGCAUCAGUCCUACAAGAUCUCAGCAGCCACACCAGCAGAACGUGAUGAAUGGAUUGAGGCAAUACGGACCAGCAUCACACAGGACCCUUUCUAUGACCUGGUCUCUGCCCGUAAGAAAAAGAUUGCCAGCAAAAACUGACC